GAUGCAUUGGUCAUUUAAACGAUUGGGCAGAUCAGUGUAGCGGUAUUAUACUUGUAUUAGGUGUGUGGAGUCCUCAUAUCGCUCGGCUCCAUGGCUUCUGGAGGGAGUGGAGAAGUUUAUCCGACUCUAUGGGGCUUCAGUCCUGCCUUGGACCUGCAAAUGCAUUGCCGGCAGAGUACCCUUCAGUACCUGAAUACGUGUGAUGACAUCCCUGAACUAAAUAUUCUUCUUGUGGGAUGUGGUGAUGGAAGACAUCUUCUCAAAACAGUCUGUCAGGCUCGCAGGUGGCCACAUCGGAAACUUCACUUCUUCAUAAUCGAGAGUGACCUGGAGCUGUUGGCUCGGCAAAUGUUGUUUUUGACUUUAGCACUGGAAACGUCGGAAAAAAUGGGUUUACAAGAAAAGUGUGACGUGUUUCUUGAGCUUUUUGGAAAUAGUCUUGUUCGUAGUAAGACUGCCACCUACCUGCAAGAGAAAUGUGCAAUGUUUAUUCGUUGUGUCACCGAUCCAGAGUACCAGCAGAAUGUCCUUCCACAGCUGGACAUGUCAUCCAUCAAGUUCAAAGAACGUGAUGAGCUGGAAUACAUCUUUAAGUUCUGGCAGUCUCCGGAGCCCAAGCUCUUUCCUAUUGAACGGUACUGGGAUGUAAAGAAUCGUCAGUAUUUGGGGAGAAGGUAUGACUCCAGAAGAGGUGCCUAUGACUGGGAUUUAAAUAUGAAGCUACAUGACCAUGGGGCUGUAAUGAUUAGCGCCAUCGAUUAUAAUCGUUGGAGAGAAAACGGUGUUGCGUUUACGAUACGUGAAGGAAACUAUGAUGUCCCUAAUAAAACUUUGGCUUCACAAAUGAUUGUGACACACCGAUGUGGAAAGGUCCGUGCUCGAGGUUACUGGGGAGACAUAACUACAAGUCCAUACAUAGCAUAUGGCAUAGAGACUGAAGAGAAGAGCUUGCUGAAGACUGCAAAUGGCGUACAUACAAAGACUGCUCAAGAUCUGUCAAAAUUCAACAUCACCGCAAUGUUUCAUGAGUUGGUCACGGGACUGAAAUACUCUCCGUCAGUACUGAGUAAAGAUGAGGCUGAAGACAACAGUGCUUGCAAUGUAUCUACUAGACGCGAAACUGAAGCUACUAUCCAAGAAGAAGUGACGGAGGAAAAAAAUGGGAGUACAGACUAUAUUCUGAAGAUUGACAACAUUGAGAUCCAUUUUCUGCCUCUCAGCUGGGUCAAUGAACUUCACAGGCGAAGCAAAUUCCUUGAUCUUUUCAACCUGGUCUUCUUCUCUUGCAGCAUGGUUCAUUAUUUGAAUGCAGAAUACAAGCUGAUUACUGCCAGAAAAGCAACACUUAUUGUGGAACUUACAAAAUUCAUGGUUGAUCUGCACGUGGACAAAGUUAAAAGCUAUGUUACCAUAGUGACCAAAGUUGCAAAGGAGGCUGGCUUUACAACUACUGAAAAUAUAGACUGGAAGAGAGAUUACAUUGCCACUUUUGAACGUUCGGAAGACUGUGUAGAGGAGAAAAAUGGACAUUGAAAGUUUUGCUUGCAUGGUAUUAAACUUGGACUUUCUGAGGUUUUCUGCUAAUGUUUUUACCCACGGAAUGUUUAACACGUUAUUCAACAGACUUUCAUCUAACACAGCUGAUAGACCAAAGACCUUUUUAUUUGAUGUAUAGAAAAACCAAAUGUUCCGUUUCCAUAAUUCAAUUCUCUUGCAAGGAAAUCCUAUAACAAAAAGCUGCUAAACCAGAGCUAGCCAGGUGACUAGUAUGGUGACGUUGGUAAUGACAGCCUAUAUUUUAUAGCAAGUUUUGCAGCGAUAGGAGCAAGUCGUCCUCCUUUUUCCAAUUCUAAUUCUGGAAAAUGGUCUCACAUUCACGCCCAUUCAGUGCCACUAUGAAGCAUAUAAAAUUACCUCGGACUGUAUAGGAGGUCUCCCAAUUGCUUACAUGCCACAGAUCUACCAUCCAAUUAUGAAAAGCCACCAGUGGAAUAAUCAAGAUGUGCACUCGGUGAAAAUGCAGAUUUCACUGCAUCCUUUGAGGUUAGUAUUCGCUUUAUAGUCCUGGCAAGUUGGAGAAUGCAAAACUAUCAUCUGCAACCACAAGUAAUUCACCCACUGGUGUAGUUGUAUAAAAGAACAAUUGUACAAUACAAAAGCCAUGAAAUGUAUAAAAAUGCUGUCCUAGACAAG